UAAAAACAAAAAUUAAUCGGUUUUAUAUAUACAAACAGCAAAGAAAAAGCUACAGCUGAAAAACAAAUUUCCAGACAUUGCAAGAAAAACAACACAUUUUUUCCCUUUGUUUUUCAGUUCUGUCUUCCUCCUCCCAGUUUUAUAUGGUAAUACAGAUCCGGGAUGAUGGAUAUUAGGGAAAAAUGGUAAAUUUUUUCUCCCUUUAAAGGUUCGUAUUUGAUUUGCCUAAAGCUUAAGGAAGAAACAAAGGAUUGUGGAAUCUUUGAAUUCAUUUCCCAUUUCAUGAUUUUGGUGUUUAGUUGUGAAUCAAAGAAGAUUGAUAGUUAUUUGGUUGAUUAGGGAUUAAUAGUUGGGUGUUUUCUUCUUUGUUUGUUUUGGGGUGCAAGGAUAGAUGGUAAGGGGAGGGAAGGUUGCUCAAAGAAGCAACUUUAAGAAAAGGGUUAGACCAAAGGAUGAUGAUUCGGAUGGUUCAGAUGAAGAUUAUGUGGUUUCGGAGGAGGGAAAUGAAGAAUCUGAGGAUGAUGUGGAAAAGUAUUGUUUUUCCUUAGAUGAAUGUGCAUCGGAAGAGGGUUUCGGGAGUUUUCUUGAUGAGGAGGAGGAAGAGGAAGUGGUGAGAAAGGCUGUUAGGUCGAAAGCUAAACGAAUGUCUACAACAAGGAAGAGGACGAUUGUGGAGAGAAAACCACGAAGGCGGAAAAUUGUAUUGGAUGAAGAGGAGGAAGAUGAAGAUUAUGAGGUGGAGGAAGAAGAAGAAGAUGACGAUGAUGAUGAUGAAGAGGAGGAGGAAGAUGACGACGAUGAUGAAUUCACUCUAGACGAAGAAGAUUGUUUGGAUGAGGAAGAGGAACUGACUAUGAAAAUGAAGAAAAACAAUAUGAAAGUUCGUAAGCCAGGGUUGCGGAAAAGAGGUCCUUCUAAACCUAGGAAAAAUAGGAAGAAAUCUGCUGUUUCUAAUAAGCCUUCAAGAAAAGGGGGAAGGAAGAAACGCCGGUUGAACAGGAAAAAGAGGGUUGAAGAAGAUGAUGAUGAUGAUUGUGAUUUUGUAGACAUCAUUCCAGUUGUGAGAAAAAAGAGCAGACUAAACGGAGGACGGAGAAACAAGGCAUAUGUUGUACCAUCCGAUUCAGAUUUUGUCUUGUCUGGGUCAUCUGAUUAUGAGUAUACCAUCUCAGAGGAACAGAGAGAGCAAGUGAAAGAAGCCAACCGAUUGUGUGGAAGUUUGAAAACCAGUUUGAGGAGUUCAUCAUCCUCAAAGAGAAUUCAGGAGGUUGAGGAGUUGGGCAAGCACAAGAAACCUCCAGGAAGAAAGGGUAAGGAGAAGGUCGAAGAGAAAAAGGCUGAAGUAAUAAAACCAGUUUGUGGCAUUUGUCUCUCUGAGGAAGAUAAGCGAAGAUUUAGGGGCACAUUGAACUGUUGCAGUCAUUAUUUUUGUUUCACCUGCAUUAUGGAGUGGUCAAAAGUGGAAUCUCGUUGCCCAUUGUGCAAGCAAAGGUUUGAAACAAUCACUAAGCCUGCUAGGUCAACAGCAGGAGUUGAUUUGAGAGAUGUGGUGAUUCAAGUACCCAAGCGUGAUCAGGUCUACCAACCAUCUGAGGAAGAACUUAGAAGCUAUCUGGACCCAUAUGAGAAUGUUUUUUGCUCUGAAUGCCACCAAGGUGGGGAUGAUGAACUGAUGUUACUGUGUGAUAUUUGUGAUUCAUCGGCACACACCUAUUGUGUUGGUCUAGGGAGGGAAGUGCCUGAAGAUAAUUGGUACUGCGAUGGUUGCAGGCCCGUAGCUCUUGGUUCCUCUAGUUCCCAAGUCCAAGAUUCUUUGCCUGACCAAAGGACAGUAAACAAUUUGUACAAUAGAUUCUCACCCGUUGUAAAUGUAGGAGAAAGUUUAGAGUCCAUUGGGGUGCCUUCACCUCGUGUACCUUUAACUCCCAGUUUUGUGGGUCUUUCAUCUCCUAGAUUUCCUGUUGUAGAUGUUACCGCUGGUUCCCCAGUAUCUGGAGUUGGAGCGCCAACUCUGACAGGUAGGCGGUGGUUACACCGCCAGAUUCAAAAUCUCCGUUCGAUCAAUAGGAUGAAUCUUAUGGUUGGUAGGACUGAAGGAAUAUCAGCUGCCAAUAUGGGCAUUGAUCUUGUUAAUUCUCACAUUGAUCAAAGUAGGGAACCAAUGGUUCAACAAGCUAGGACACAAGAUGCGGGAACUCAGCCUCAAACACUGUUUGCGGAGAGGUUACAGGACAAUCCCUCUUCUUCACUGCAAGGUAGGGACUUCCUUUCUUCAAGGUUGAGCCACUUGAGAAGGCAAGCAGUUCAAGAUUCAACUACCACUUCGUUCGGUACAUCUGUCAAUUUGACGUUAUGGCCUGAACUUGCUGGUAUUAGUUCAAAUGAGCAACUCCGUCAUUGCAGCAAUGGAUCAAACAUUAGGCCCGAUGGUUGUGAUUUGCCUUUUUCUGUUAGAGAUGACGAUAAUAUUUUGAUGGCCAAGGAACAAUUGCAGGCAAUGGUUGGAAGCCAUUUAAAAGCCUUUUCCAACGGUAUUGAUUUAGACAACGGUACUUUCAAGGACAUAGCAACUAGUUCCAUGCAUACCUUAUUGGCUGCUUGUGGGCUUGAGCAUAGGAGGAGCGAGGUUCACAUUGUGCCUCCGUCAUCAAAUUGUGUGCACAUUGAAAGAGUGGCAGCUGGACAGGCGAGCUUAAUGAAAGGUUGUUGUUUAACUUGUUUCGAUUCUUUUGUAAAAGAUGUAGUGAAGAGGAUCAUGGAUACAAGAUCCCGACAGUGGUUGAGUUUAGGUCUUUAGAUCUUUGGUAUAGUUAAUGUAUCUUUCUUCGUACCUUUAGGUCUUUAGAAGCAAAUUUAAAAGAAAAAAAAAACAUUUUUUCACAUGAUUUAUACUUACAAUUCACUGACAUUGAGCCCAAAAAGUGCUCUUUUUCUUAUUUGAUCAUCAUAAUAUAUUGUUUAAACGGGCAAAGUCAAGAUUUUCUGUACUGCAUGCUGAAUGCAUUUAGUGGUCAAGUUCCCCCCCCCCCCUUUGUCUCCUCCUUGUCGUGUGGAUCAUGUAUCUUUGCAUCUAGUUUGUGUUAGGAAGUAAGACGGUCGUGCUACAGUUUGAUAACCAGCUCAGAGAGCCAUUUAUGCACAACAAUUUAGGCCCAACGGUGUCUGAAGAUAUAAAACUUCGAUGAACUAUUUUUGUUCACUGAUUGCAAUGGGAAAGGUAUAACUUCGAUGGACUAUUUCUGUAUACUAUUUUUAUUUGGACAUAGAAUGAUAUACCUGUUAGAUACCAGAACAUAAAUGUUGUAAUGGUAUUUGAUUACUUGAAAUGCGAUUAUAGGCAAAAAAAAAUGAAGUGAGCUUGACUCUUGGACGAAUGCAUUAUAUCAUGCUUUUGACAAUGAUCUUGCAUGAUGUAAGAGAAGACCAUUUUGUAUCUUGUCUAUGUAGCAUGAACUUGGGAGUGCGUUGGUUACGUGUAUGCUUAAUUUGUUUGAUGUUUUUCUUAAUAUAUGUGAAGGAAACAUUCUCUAGUA